GCUCUCUCUUCCCUGUAUUGUCGUGGUUUCGUACUGUGGUUUCGUAAUUUCAUUCGUAUCGACUGGGUUUGUGUCGACUGGGAAUUAGGUGAAUCUUAAAAUAGAAUUAUCGGUAAUGAACAUUCUAAAAUUAUAGAACACAUGCUUGCACCGAGAACAAACGCAUGCAGAGUGUAAGGCAUUUAAUAACCUAAUUGUUGUACCAAAGCAUUAGGAACUAUGGUGAACAUAAGUACUUAUCAAGAUAUAUUCCGAAAAAUAAAAAAGCUAUUUACGUGGACUUAUUUAAAAACUUUGGUGCUUAGUCCUGUUCAAGUGCACGUUAUUGCGUUCUUCAUCAUUAUCAUCGAACUUGUGCUCAACAUUUUUAUAGUGGAAUCAGUGCCUUAUACCGAAAUAGACUGGAAGGCUUACAUGCAGCAAUGUGAAGGAGUCUUGAAUGGCACCUACGACUACAGCCAGCUUCGUGGAGAUACUGGCCCUUUAGUGUACCCAGCGGGAUUCGUUUACAUUUACUCUAUUUUUUAUUACAUUACAAAUCAAGGUGUAAAUAUCAAACUAGCACAGUACAUAUUCAUAGGUAUUUACCUGUUACAUUUGUUCUUUGUGCUGCGAAUUUAUAUAAAAACACGGAAAGUUCCUCCAUAUGUACUAGCUAUCACAAUUCUUACAUCAUAUAGAAUACAUUCAAUUCAUGUAUUGAGAUUGUUUAAUGAUCCUAUUGCUGUGCUUUUUUUGUACAUAUCUUUGAAUCUGUUCCUUGAGUCAAAGUGGACUUUAGGCAGUAUAUUUUACAGUUUAGGAGUAUCUGUUAAAAUGAAUAUCCUUUUGUUUGCUCCAGCACUGUUUUUCUUUUAUCUAGUCAACUUAGGUUUGAAAGAUACUACUAAGCAAUUGCUUGUUUGUGGUAUAAUACAAAUUGUGUUAGGUUUACCGUUCUUGCUGGUUAAUCCAGUAGCAUAUUUGAAAGGUAGUUUUGAUGUGGGUCGCAUUUUCAAUCACACCUGGACUGUCAAUUAUAGAUUUAUGGAAAUCAGCAUGUUUGAAAGCAAAUGUUUCCAUUUCACUCUGCUGGGUAUACAUAUAAUGCUCCUACUCAUAUUCCUACCAUUCUGCAUUCAGUACUUCAAAAGUUAUUGUCGCCUUAAGUAUGUGCAGAAGGAGGUCCAGCCUCAAAUUGAUGCUAAGAAUCGCGAAAAUAAAGCAAGAGCCAAAUUUAAAGGAAUAAAAGAGGCAAAAAUGAAACUGAGUAAAAAAAUUGACGAUCAAGAAAAACUGAGCAAAGAGCAGGAAGACUUUCUGCAUUCUUUCGAGGCUAUGCUUCAAAAUGCCAAAGGUGGAAACAAGGCUCCUAAGCGAAUGGAGCCUGAUGAGGAUGAGUUACAUUACAGCAUCAACUUUGAUAUUUUGUCACAAUUGUUUAUUCUCCCCAUGUUCAUUGUGAAUUUCAUUGGAAUAGUUUGUGCAAGGAGCCUCCACUAUCAGUUCUAUUGCUGGUACUUCCACAGUUUACCAUAUUUGUUGUGGUCUUGUAAUUUCUCUAACAUUAUUAGGUUUUUAAUUUUAGCUCUAAUUGAGCUAUGCUGGAACACUUAUCCGAGUACAAACUUUACUAGUGCACUGCUUCAUGUUUGUCACAUUACUGUGUUAUAUGGCCUGUACACAAAAAUAUCAAAUGAACUAAAAAUUGCGUCCAAAAUACGAUAAAGUUAAUAUUGAUUAUUUAUUAGUUAUUUAUACAUACUACAUACCUGUAGAAUUCGACUGUACUUUUAUACCAAAUUAUGUCAAUUAUGAGUAAUUUUGUGACUGAUGAUUUAAUUUACGCCUAUAUGGCAUCCAAAGCCAUUGUAACAUGAUAAUGACUAAAGUUACAGUAUGUUUGUAGUUGAUGUGCCAUUGGCAACCAAUUAUUAUUUUGAAUGUUUAAGUGUGUCUCACUUUAACACAUAUUUAUCGCAAUAAAUUAU